GCCACUCGCUGUUGUCCCAGCAGCCAGCCCCCGCCUCCCUUCUCAGGAAGCUCGGGUCUCCCAGGGAGCCCGGCUGCCCUUGGGGGAGGCCUCUGAGCUGUGUGCCCUGCAGCUCCGCCAGCUUUCGGGGCGACACUAGAGGGGCUCUGCGCCCCCCGCGUGGCUCGCGCUAAGCCCGGCAGGAGGGAGCGUCUCGGCGGAGGAGUGAGGAGGACGGGAGGGAGAGGCGCACCAGAGCCUCGGUCCCGGGCGCCCUGGUCGGCCGCGGAAGAACUGCAGCCUACAACAGGAAGCUAAGCGUCUCUGGCGUGCUAUCCACCCCGCUUGCUGUCUGACGCUGCUGCAUCCCAGCUCGUCCAGGAGGCACAGGUGGGCUCAUUUCCCAAAGGCAGACCAGCCAGGAGUGCUGAAUGCGAAUUCAGCCACGGGCUAGGGAGCACUAACCAAAGCCUGCAGGAUGGACUUCGUCAUGAAGCAAGCCCUCGGAGGGGCCACCAAGGACAUGGGGAAGAUGCUGGGGGGAGAGGAGGAGAAAGACCCAGACGCACAGAAAAAGGAGGAGGAGCGGCAGGAGGCCCUGAGGCAGCAGGAGGAAGAGCGCAAGGCCAAACACGCCCGCAUGGAAGCUGAGCGAGAGAAGGUCCGGCAGCAGAUCCGAGACAAGUAUGGGCUGAAGAAGAAAGAAGAGAAGGAAGCAGAGGAGAAAGCAGCCCUGGAACAACCCUGUGAGGGAAGCCUGACCCGGCCCAAGAAGGCCAUCCCUGCAGGCUGUGGGGACGAGGAGGAGGAGGAAGAGGAGAGCAUCCUGGACACAGUGCUCAAAUACCUGCCGGGGCCGCUGCAGGACAUGUUCAAGAAGUAACCCGGCCGCCUCCGGCCCUUCCACGUUACGAUUAUUAUUUUUUUUUUUUGGUGUUCUUAGUCUUUUCUUUCUUUCUUUCUCUCUUUCUUUCUUCCUUCCUCCCUUUCUUUCUUUUUAUUCAGUUAAGUCUCAGUUCCAAAGGGGAAAACCUCAGUCGGCCUCUGCUCCCUUUCCCUAGUCAAGGACUCCUCUCCUGUGCAGUCCUUGACAGGCCCUUCAUCCCAGGGUUUCUAGUCCCUUUUCACUCCCAAGUAGCUUUAAAAAAGAAGAAGAAGAAAGAAAAACCCAGAGCCAGAGGCACUGAACCCAGAGCCGGAGGCACUGGGUGUCCCUCCAGAAGAAUCCCAUGGUCUAUGUUAGUGUGGUAACACUCCCCCAUACAUUCCUUCAUGCUCCCCACUGCCAGGAGGACCACUGUCCCCAGUCAGCCAAAGUAAUGACACAUUCCAGCCCUGCCCAGCAUGCUGACCUUUGGCCUCUGAACCCCCAGUGGGAGUCCGGGUCAGGGCAGAGGCACCGAGUGGUCUGGCUCCAGGAAGGCUCUUCAGAGUAAGCCUGUCCUGGAGAGCCUAGCUCUGAGAGGCUCUAGCUGGGUCUGGCCAGGUUAGAAUCUGGGCAGGGGGCUGGGGCUGUACUCUUUCCUCUUCCUGGUGCCGCUGGCCAGGAGCACACCUCUCCCAACCCGACCUAAAGAAUCAUGGUCCCUGCCAAGCGGCUCCCUCCAAAUGGAUCCUCUUUGGACUUUAGCACAUCUGUGGAGGAGCCAAGGGCAGGGCAACCCUUUAUUUCUCUCUCAUCUGACUUAGGUCCUGGGACCCCACUGCCAGGCUAGGCCCCAGUCUGCCCAGCCAAGGGGCUGCCCAGGUCCCCAGAAAAUACUUGGAGCCAUCGGGCAGUGAUGGUCUGUGCCACGAGGGUCCUCAUUGGUACAGCCAAACUGCCCCCAUUCCUGUCCACCCUUCUUCCCUCCAUGUCCUGUCCAUGUGCUUCCAAGUCCCCAUUGUCCCCAGGAGGACCCUUCUUGGCCAAAGCCCCAAACAGCUGGGGAGAGAAGCCAAUCGCCACCUGACAAAAAGACUGUCCAUUCAUCCCACUGGCCAAGAGUCAGCUCUCCUCUGGGAUGUAUAGGACUGGUAUGUGUUCUCGCGUACCACAUUGUCAAGGCUUCCUGUUCUGUGACUUGUGUAGAAAUGGAGGGACAAAAGGGGAGGCGCAAAUGAGGGACGAGCAUGUGUGAGUCCUCACACACUCGAUAAUGCACGGCAGACCCAUCAUACAUCUAGGUGCGGUGUGUCUUGAGAUUGCAUGUGUAUGUGUAGCUCUGUUUAUCUGACGUACCUCGUGUAUAUGUGUUUGUGGGAUGUAGUGUGCCUGAGUUUCGAUUAUGUUCUCAGUGUGUGCUAGCCAUCUCGUGUGUUUAAAGAUUGCAUGUGUUAGCUUGUAUAUGCAUGUACUUUCAAAAUGGCAUGUGUGUCGAGAGCGACAGGUUACAUGUUAGCUGCAGACAUGUGUGUUUGAGAGAACUGUAAUGUGGGCUAAGACUGGUGUUCAUGUGUAUGGGUCUAAAGCAGGCAGUCAUAUGCACAAGUACAAGUUCUCGCUUGGAGAGCAAGAACCAAAGUGAGAUGCUUCCUCCAACCCUGAGACUGUCAGUCACAGACGGCCACAUCUGACAGGAGACCUUACCUUGGCCUAGAGUCCUCCCACCCUUGGGGCUUUCCUACCUGAGGUCCUCAGAAUGCUACUGGGACAGACCCAGGCAGUACCCCAGGAAGCCAUGCUAGGCCCCUACCAGGGCCUAUCCCAAAAGCAGGGGCCCGGGAGGGGGCGACUUGCCCGCUCCCGAAGCCCUUGUCCCACUGGCCCCAGUUUGCAUUCUGCAGGUUUUCCAUUUUAGUGGACUUACGCUUUUAUUUCGGAGAAGACAGACGUCUUCCCUGUCCGUUUCCAAUAGUUAAAGCCAUAUCAGUUAGACCGCAAUACUUUAAAGAUGAGACUAAACAAUCCAUAUGUGUAGGGAACCAGAAAAGUCCCCUGGUCUCUCCCUUCUCUAAGGAGCAGGGCUUCGGCAGCUCCAGCUCCCGGGACUUACCCUUCCCCCACCCCACCCUCUUGGGCCCCUGUGUCAUCUCGCAGGGGGCCAGUGUUUAUGUCUAUGUCUGUGGUGGGGAGCCAUCUUGCACCCCUAUCGUCUGCUUGUUCCUGUUUUUUAUCCUGGGCAGGAUGGUCAUUCUCAAGAGCCUCGGGGUCCUGGGCCAGAGACAGGCAGGGACCAGUCCAGGGGCCCCAGACCUCCCUAGACCCUGAGUGUGACCCCCACCCCCACCCACCCCCCCACACACACAAAGGCAGGGAAGGACACCAGUGUUAAGAAAAGACUAACCCUUCCCAGGUGGACCUCAAAAGUAACAACACAGUACAGAGGAGCAGAUGGGUGAGUAGUGGAAACCAAGACCCGAGCUGCCAACAGGCAAAGAACCCAGCCAUGCAAGAACUCACAUGGGCCCCAGAGACUCCAGACCCUUCAACUGAAAACUGGUGGUUUCCAUGGCUCCAAAGAGCCCAGAGGGGGCUCAGGGCUUUUCAGCCCCACCCAGCGCCCUUCAGGCUGGGCUGGCUUAAUCUAGAUUUACGUCUCCUUUCUAUCCCCAGGAAGCAGAUUCUGAGGUCCUUUGAAGGUGGAGGCAAGAGAAUUUCUACUUGGUACAUACCUGGUUCCACCCACACAAAGCCCAGGGAGAUGUAAUGAUUGAUAUAGCCUGGGCUAUAGGGAGAAAACAACGGGCAACCUUGGAAGGGUGCUAUGUACCACACAUUCUUGGGAGGACAGAACUUGGGUGCUUGAGCACUGGAAAAGACGUUUGUUCACUCGAUGUGCCUAGAGCAAGAAGUGUUUGUGGUCCACAGAAUGGGCAGAUGAAUAGAUCAUGCAGGAAUUCAGUGUGCAAAUGGCAUGCUGAUAAGAGGCCAUACACACACACACACACACACACACACACACACACACACACACACGCACACACUGCACCUGGAAAUCACCACCAGUGAGAAGAAAGGGAACGGAGCGUCUCUGGGCCUCUGUGGAGAUGACACAGGGUAUCCAGAGUGGCCUCCAUUUCAGCUCCAAAGCAGCAGAAAGUGAGUCCUUAGCAGCCAAACUCCACGGAGCUUCCUGCCAUGGAAGUAAGAGCUCCAUAGACCGUUCCAGGCAAAGGAAAGCAGGAAAGAGAAGCCCAGAGAUCCCCUCACACAUGGCAGAGCCAGUGAGCAAACCAGUCAUCCUUAAAGGCCUAUGUCUAGAGUGAGCACAGCAUGGGGUUUCCAGCCCCAACAGUACCCACUGUGAAGCUAGCAGGGUUGCCCACCCACAGUCCCCUUCCAUCUUCCUACAGUUUGGAGAGCCCUUGACCUCACUGCAAUGCCUGGGGAUCAGACUGGCUCCCAUGGGGGAUGUCGCCUCCUGGCCAGUGUCCCCUACUCUAGUCCCCAUUCCUGUUGUCCUGCCCUUCUCACCAGGGAGAGACCUGAGGUGCUCCUGCUGGCCCCAGGAUGGGGGUGGGAAGUCCCACUGAGACCCAGGUGAGAUGGACCAUCCUGCUCAUGUAGGGGAACCUCUUUCCCACAACUGUGCUGUGUCCUUGUUGCUCUGCUUCCUUUAAAUGUGUCAGUCUCUGGGGGAGGGGAGGGCCACGCCCUCUGCACUCCCUUGAACCUGACCAAAAGCCAUGGCCGUGCUCCCCACUUUGUAUGAUGCAAAUGCUAAGAUGAUGUACAAAACCAACCAUGACAACAAAGAAAAAGACCUUGUACAGCA